CGUUCAUUGAAGAUGGACGGACAGCUUCUAAUGUCGCCCCUUGUUAACGGUUGUGCAGAUGAGCCUUAGUGCUUUGUUGUCAAGGCUGCAGUUUUGUACUAAUGACGAACAUAUUUUACCUUGUUAUUUCAAUAGCAGACCCCAAUGUAUACUUUGCUAACCCAUCCCAUGUUAUUAUAGAAACAGAGAAAUCUGGGGAGCGUGCCUGACAAAAGUCGCUUCUAUAUGACCAGAUAAUGAAUGGAGACGAAGCGAACAAAUUGCUGGUACCCAAGCAUGAAUCCCGAGACGAUUCGAUAAAGCCGACAGCAAAUGGUUUACGUUUGUCAUGAUAAUGACGGCGAUGAGUCUUGGUAUAUGGCAGGACCGCGUGAAGUGAUUUCACUCCGCCUGCGGCCUCUGGCAGAUGACAUUAUAAGUUUUUCGCCACCAGACAGCGACGUGGUCAGAAAAAGAUUUCAACAGCAAAUGCAUACAGGCGCUAACUGCCUAUGCUCAGAUGCCCAAGUGAUGUCGAUCAUGAUGAUGAUUGCCCUUGGCAAGAUAAAGCGAUGCAAGCGGAGCAGAAGAGCAUAUAAAAGUUCAUCUUGACGGCGUCGAUGAUACGUCUCGAGGGUUCGGUUCGUCAUGCACCCACAUACGCCAUGUGGUGAACUUGAGGUCGCAGAGGAGAGACCAUACCCACGGCGUUCAAUUGGGGAUUUGCAAAAGUUCGAAACCAGAAGUUAAUAACCUGUUCGAGCUUCUCCUGCCCAUGUAAAAUUUUCUCUUCCGAGGGCGUGCAAGCCAAUCAAUGACCAGAUCAUAAACAGACGUUGCAGUUUCAGCCCUGAAAGUCGAAGUAGUAGACAAGCACCGUUCCGAUUUUUCCGUGCCUGCCUGCAUUUGCCAAACAUGCAUGUCCAUAUCGAAGUGGCUCUGUUUGAUCAAAAAGUGAUAAUAUAGAGCCUCGACUUUUUUUUUUCGACCGAGACGACUGUGGUCAUUCUUGUAUCGACGGCCGAUUCAUUGUAUGCACUGUAUAGAUGGUUGCGUGCCUUGUAAUGAGGUGGGUGUAGUGCCCAGACGCGGCGGGCCGCUCCCGCGCAGCACUGUUGAAGAAUCCGACUUAUCCGGUUCGACUAGCGCCCGAAACUCAACCGGCCCGGUCAGAUUGACAACCGCCGUCUUCCAUCGCCGGCCGAAAUCCACUGCUUCUGGUGAAAGACGGAAUUUGAAGUGAGUUUUUGGAAUCCCUGGUGGAUUUCGUCCGAGGUCAAUCAUAGAAUUGAACUGCUACAGUGCCCGACGACGGAACAGUUGAGGUUUUGUGGACCCAACAGAACCUCAUUGCCUGCCAUCUAUAUCUACAAACCCCGGAUAUUCACUAACACUGGAAAUUGCAUAAAAAAUCAUUUUACACGCUGCCCAAGAUGAGCGUACAGCCCAUACCAGUCUGGCUUGACUGCGACCCAGGCCAUGAUGAUGCUUUCGCCAUACUCUUGGCCGCACAUCAUCCCAUGAUAAAUCUUCUCGGGAUUUCAACUGUUUUCGGUAACGCAUCUUUAGAGAAAACAACAUACAACGCCACAUCCCUCCUCACUGCCAUUGGCAAAGACGAUCAAGUGGCCGUCUACCCAGGUGCCGCCAAGGCCCGGUCUCGGCCACCAGUCCACUCCCCGACUGACAUCCAUGGAGAGUCUGGCAUUGACGGCACCGACCUGCUCCCCAAGCCGCUCAGGGCUCCAGAGAGGUCGAUCUCUGCAGUUGACGCCAUGGCCAAGGCUGUUCUGGCCCAACCUGCAGGGACCCCAUGGAUCGUGGCGACUGGGUGCCUCACCAACGUCGCCGAGGCCGUCGAGAAGUAUCCCCAGCUUGCGGAGCACGUUGCAGGCCUGUCUUUUAUGGGAGGUGCCGUGGGUGGAGGCUUCACAACAGCCGUGUCGGGGCAAGUUGACGGCCUCGAGAGGAUCGGUAACAGGACCCCUUGGGCAGAAUUCAACAUCUUUAUCGACCCGGAGUCUGCAGACUUUAUUCUCAGCAACGAAGUCCUGGCUCGGAAAUCCACCAUGAUUCCCCUGGACGUCACGCAUUUGGUUCUGGCCACAAAGGAAGUCCAGCAGAAGCUGCUUCAUGGCGACGGAGGUCCUGUCGAAGCCGAGGCCAAGGGCAGGACGACACUUCGCGUCAUGCUCGUUGAGCUUCUAAACUUCUUUGCCGAGACAUACAGAACUGCAUUUGGCAUUACAGAGGGUCCUCCCCUCCACGAUCCAGUGGCCGCCGCCAUAGUGUUGCAGAGCCUGCCCGAGGAAUACCGGAUCCCAUUUUACGACUUUGACAUUGCGAGGGAUGGCGGGAAGCGUCACGAACGCUUCGCCGUCAAGGUCGUGACCGAUGGUACCUACGAAGAUGCUUAUGCCGGUGCGCAGACGGGCCGCACCAUUGCGACUCUGCUUCCCGAGGGUGCACAGGGCGUCACUAUACCGCGCGGGCUGGACAUUCCCAAGUUUUGGGCGGUGAUAGAGGAGUGUAUACAGCGGGCCGACGAUCUAAAUGCAAAGGCUAGCGCAGGAGGUCCGGGUGCUUGAGCGAUCCCGGCCAUUUAUUUGUCAUGGACAGUUGGAUACUUUGCUACUUCAUAUUCAUGUUGCACAAUCUCGGAAUUGGUUACAAAUACUUUAGAUUGAUAGACUAUUAGAUCUAGAUACAAACCGCGUGUUGCACGCCAGAAAAAUACUGAGCAGCUCUUUUGCCAUGCUAAAAGAGUACUCGACA